UGUUUGGCAUCCUUAAGCACUGUGGACUUUUCGAACAGUUUAGAAAUGGAAUUACCUUCAACAAGGUUAUCUAGCUCGGCUGAUCCACAGAUGCAAGGUGCAGCUGCUGUAACGCUUGACCCAUCCCCGAACGCCCUUUGUGAGUGUGAUACUCCACCCGAGUCAGUGCCCAGCUACAGCUUGGUGUUGGGUAGGGCUCCAAGCGACCUGAGCCCUGGGGCUGCCUCUGGCCUCGCAUCAAGUGAUGCACUCCAGAGCAGCACUAAGUGCAAGCUGGAAAGUGAAGACUUCAGUACUGUAGAUGAUCCUCUAGAAAACAGCUUGGCUACUGCUGGGCAAGAUGUAGUUAAUCAAUUAACUCUUUCUAUGCACAAAGUGAUGGAAGAACCUAUUAAUCUUUCGAUCAAGAAAUCACAACACUGCACUUCUUCUGAACUGCUCAGCAACACUUCUUUCCUGCCUGUGAAUGCCAGAAUGAGACAACUUAGAAGCAAGGAAGAUUCCAAUAACUGUGAAAAGGAACAUUUUGAAAUGGAUAUGAAAAGCAAUCAGAAUGUCAGAGCUGGUCCUAAGGAGCAGAAGAUCCCCUAUGUGCGACUGGAACGUCUAAAAAUAUGUACUUCAGAAGCAGGAGAGCUGCCGGUGUUUAAGCUUCAGCCACAGGACAAUGAGCAGGAGGGCAAUUUCCUCCUGAUAAUUGAAUGUGGGACCCAGUCUUCAAGUAUGUCUAUAAAGAUAAAUAAAGAUAGUCCACCUGAAGGACUGAAAUCCAAAGAGGAGAGAUCAGAGGACAGAAAAUUUCUCAUAUCCCAGGCUGCAGGACAGACACAAUCUCCUCCUGUAGAUACUCCGUCUGUUGAUCAGAAGCUCAGCAAUGGUAUCUCCAUGAAAAAGUGUCCAGUUACUCAGGAAGUCAAUCCAAUUGAAAAUGAGGAUUUCUGUGCUGUGUGUCUUAAUGGAGGAGAACUGUUGUGCUGUGAUCACUGCCCCAAGGUCUUCCAUCUCUCCUGCCAUGUUCCAGCCCUGCUCAGCUUUCCAGUGGGAGAGUGGGUGUGCACGCUUUGUCGUAAUCCAGUGAAGCCGGAGGUAGAAUAUGACUGUGAAAACACACGCUACAGCCACAGCUAUAAUGCACAAUGUGGCCUUGAUGACUAUGACCAGAAGAAGUGUGAAAAGCUGGUGCUUUCCCUGUUCUGCAGUAGUAUGAGCCUCCCAUUCCAUGAACCUGUCAGCCCCCUGGCUCGGCAUUAUUAUCAGAUCAUCAAAAGGCCAAUGGAUUUGUCAAUCAUACGAAAAAAACUGCAAAAAAAGGACAAGUCCCACUAUUCUGCACCUGAGGAACUUGUGACUGACGUGCGUCUCAUGUUUUGGAACUGUGCAAAGUUCAAUUAUCCAGAUUCAGAGGUCGCUGAGGCUGGACGAUGCCUAGAUGUAUUCUUUGAGGACAAACUGAAGGAGAUUUAUCCAGAUAGGCAUUUUCCUUCGAUGCAACAAGAAGACUCUGAUUCUGAGGAAGUGGAGAGUCAAAAUAGCAAAAUGCCACCCCAGGAUUUUCAGUGGCCAUCAUACGGACAGGAGUGCAUUCAGCCCAAAAGGAGACGGCGCCAUGCUGAAAGCGAAAAAACUAAAGGAAUGAUGUUUCACCAAGCUAACAGACUUCCUUAG